ACAGCUGCGGUUGGUUCGGAUAAAAUGGGUAACCAGUACCAUAAGCCAGCAGCGGCAGCAGCAGCAGCUGUUCAUGAUGAUGAGAUUGAGCCAUACACACGUCAGAAGGGUGCAUCGCCGUACACACGUUCGGGCCUGCCGCCGCCUGCCACCACACAACCGACCGACAAAGUGCCACAUCUAAAGCAUGAGCCGAUGAGCCUGGAGAUACACAUGGCUGAUGAGCGUGCACGAGCUGCUGGUCUGACUCCCUCCGAAAGGGAAUGGCGGAAGUAA